AUGACAUUAGAAACUGAUGAUAAAUUAAUACAAUAUCACGAUUUUUGCGUACUUAUGCACAAAAAAUGCUCCGAAAAUCCUAUUAUUGAAGUGAUAUCAGAAGUGGGAAUAGAUUCCAUACUACAAAAGAGAAAGAAGCUGAAGUAUCCAAUGGAUAUAGAUUUGUUGUCUUUCACUUAUAAAGCCUAUUUUGUAAAUUUAGGAGGUGUUACUGAAGAUAAUCUUAACUUUGUCGAAAAAGUAAAUGUCAUUAGGCUACUUUACACCACUGAUGAAAAAAAUGAAGUAAAAAACACGCUUUUCCUAAAAUGGUCGGCUCAUGUUUACGAAAUGAUUCAAAAAUAUAAUUUUACACAUAUUAGGGUUUUGCCAAAUUCCGUGUUGGAAGUAGAACAAGGAUUUCAAAAAGAGUUUAAUGAAACGAAACCCAAAAUAGGAUGUUUGGUUGCGAUAAUGAUUGUACUUUCGAUAUUUCUUAAUAUGAGCAAUAGCUGGGGUAGAAGCAAACCUCUUCUUGGAUUAGCAAGUGUAAUCAAUGCUGGUUUGGCUGUUGUAACGUCUUUUGGAUUAAUGGCUGCAUCGGGUGUAGAAAAUACUCACUGGAAUACUACGAUCCCUUUUUUAGUUCUUGUGACCGAAAUAGACGAUGCUUUCGUAUUAGUAUCAUGUUGGAGGAUCUCUAAUCCUAAACAUUCAGUUGAGAAACGCAUGGAGGCAACAUAUGGAGAAGCAGGAGUUUCCAUCACACUCACAUCACUGACUAAUUUUCUUUCUUAUUGCAUCGGGAUGAUGGCUCCAUUUCCUUUUAUUCGGAUAUUCAGUUAUUAUACUGCAACUUGCAUAAUGUUCAAUUUCCUAUAUCAGAUAACUUUUUUUGGAGGAUGUUUGGCAUUGAGUGGAUACAGAGAAGAAAAGGAUUUUCGUUCUGCAAAAUUUGUUAGUGAACAAAGUGAUGAAUAUCGUGAAGAAGAUGAUAACACCGAAGAAGAAGAAUUUACUAUGGCAGUUUUCAGAGAUUUAUUAGGAAACGUACUUUCAAAUAAUUUGGUGAAGAUAGUUGUUAUUAUAGUUUAUAUUAUUAAUUUAUCACUUGGAAUUCGAGAAAUCUUUUACAUUCAGCAUGGUAUAAAAUAUGAAAAUUUAUUUCCAGAAAAUUCCCUAAUUGCACAAGGCUUUAGAAUACAUUACAAAUAUUUUACGAGUUAUGCUUUUCCUUUUCAGAUAAUUAUUAAUAAAACAUUAGAUUACUCAGAUAUAAAGGUACAAAUAUCGAUAGAAAAUCUGUUGAAUAAAUUAGAAAAACAUCCAAAUGUUGCUAAGGGAGAAUUUACUGUAUCAUGGUUGAAAUUCUACAAAGAAUUUCAAAAAAGUCCCGUAGCAAAAUUCUCAUUGCAGGGUUACAAUAUGUCAAAUAAGCAAGACUUUAUUGAUGGUCUUCACAAUGUAUUUUUUCACAUUAGAGCUGCCCAGUCACUGUCUAAUGACGUUGUCUUUAAUAGCAACAAUACUGACAUCAUAUACAGUAGAUUUUUUAUUAUGGGAAAAGAUUUAAAUUCAUCGCAGACAGAAAGAGACACAUUAAGAGAUUUAUUAAAAAUUGCUGACGAAUCCGAAACUCCUGUGCUGGUGCAUUGUUUAAAAUCAGGUCUAAUUGAACAAGGGAUUAUUAUUGGUCAAAUGAUUCACCAAUUGUUUUGGAUCACUGCUGUUCUAAUAACAGGAGUUUUUCUAUUGUUCGUACCGAAUUUAUUAGUCGCAAUUCUUGUUGCGAUUUCAGUUGUUUCUUCAAUGGUAGAAACCUUAGGUUAUAUGUCCUUAUGGGGCGUCAAUCUCGAUAUUAUAUCAACGAUGAGUCUAAUUCUGUGUGUGGGAUUCAGCGUGAAUUAUCCGGCUCAUAUUUCGUAUGCUUAUGUCAUGUCACGAAACAAGACACCAAACGAAAAAUUAAAAGAUUCUCUGUAUCGUAUAGGCUUUCCCAUACUUCAGGGAUCAUUGACCACGGGAUUAGGAAUAUUGAUUUUAUAUUCUGAUGUGUAUUUUCUUACCACAUUUGCGAAAAUUGUAAUUCUUGUUUCUAUAGAGACAGCUUUUCAUGCAAUAUUUUUUAUUCCUGUUGUCCUUUCUCUCAUCUACGUUAUUUUCGAAAAGAUAAAGUUAACUUUUUGUUAA